GCUGCGCUAAUCAGCCAUUUUACACGGAAAAUAAUUAGCAGAAUAAAAUAUCGAAUUUUCAUUUGGUUAUUUCUAGUUUCUUUCUCGGCGCCGAGCGCUUCUCCCGGUGCGAGUAGGCGGCAGGCAGUUGUAGCGUUGUGUUUGGGACGGCAGAGUUACGGGGCAUGGGCCGUAGGAUCGGAUCGGACCCGGGGAAAACAAGUCACCUCAGCUAGAUGAGUAACGGAGUUCGGCUCAACCACAGCCGGUACGUGGUUGGAAAACACCAUGGAAGACGCGACCGCCAGCCAGCUGCCACAAACCACCCUGACCCAGCCACCCAAGCCGCCCCCAGACACCAUCCACCUAGGCUCCAGCAUUCCCAGCGCCAACGGAAUUGUCGAGAACGCGUCCGGAAUCACGAUCCCGCCGACGGGAAGUAGCGGCGGCAACCACCUUCGGGAUGGAGACGUGAGUAGUAGUGUAGGAGCUGCGGGAGGAUCGUCAAUGAGGGGGUUGAACGACCCGGUGACCUGUGGUGGCUGUGCUGCGACCUUCCAGGGUCUGCAGGCAUACAUGGAACAUCAGUGCCAAGGGUCAAAGCUGGCCGGCAACAAGCCUGAGAGUGACUUCAGCGAGGGCGACGACAGCGAUGGUGAGAACUUCGAAGGAGAGAUUGUCUACGAGCCGGACGGAUCUGCCUACAUCAUCGAGCAUCCGAGCCCGCCGGAGACGCCCAACUCCAGCUCGGCGUCUCCUGUGGGAAGCUCGGUGCCAUCGCUUGGGGGGAACUUGCAAGGACUUGGGAUGUACCAGCCCCUGCUGAACGCCUUCCACAUUCCCCAGACUAGCUACGGCUGGGGGUUUGGGGGCGCCGGCAUGGCUAACUCGACGUACGGUGCUCUCAGCAAAACUUGCAACGACACCCCGAUCGUCCACAGCUACCGGGUCUACACCCUUCGCAAGGAAGGCGAAGUGAAAACGGAACUAGAGUCCAAAGAUGGGGAGGAAUCGACCUCAACUGAAGCCAAAGCAACCCUUAAGAAAAUUGUGCGCAAGGUCGCGGUAGGAAGAGAACACGACAGUUUAAGUGUCUCUCCCCGUGACGCGGCGAACAAGCCCAUACUUAUGUGUUUUCUGUGUAAACUUUCCUUCGGAUUCACCAAAUCUUUUCGUUCCCACGCCACUGGCGAACACAAGAUGGUUCUUAAUGAGGAGGAAGAGCAGUUGUUGUCCAAGAAGGACACUUCUGCGAUAAUCCAGGGGGUGGGAAAGUCUAAAGGACCUCCUCUUCUGUCCUUCCUGGAGCCUAUGGGACAACCGGAGAACUCUGAUUCCUGUAACGAUAACACGAGCACCGGGUCUCCGACGCCCACUAACAGUCAGCCUCUGUUCCUCUUUGGCAGCGGACUGCCAGGAGUUAGCCUCUCUAGUACCUCAAACAACCUAACCAAAGUCAGCUACGUGUACACCUCAAGCUUGCUCACUCUGCCCUCGGUACACGUCAGCGUCGCUUCUGCCUCGGGGGCCGCUAGUAAUAAUAAUACCACUUCCGCUAUGGAUUUGUCUUCUCUUGGUGCUAAGACGUUGUUCACGCCUGCCGUUAUAUCUUCCUCCACCCCAUCUCCGAGUACCUCACAUGGACCAGGGUUGGGGGUCCCUGAGCGGCAGGCACCAAGCCUCAGUCCUGUCUCUCACACCUCCGCCCUGCCAGGAACUAACAGUAGUAACAGUAACGCUAACGAUAGUAGUAACACUAGCAGCACAUUUACCAAACCGGAUUCGCUUCUGAAGGCCGUGACUUCUGGGAAGCAGGACAUGAUGACCGCCAUCGUGACGGCAGCUCUGAUGAAUGGGAGCGCGGAAAAGGAAGUUUCCCAAAAGUCGCUGUCUGCAGAAAGCUCCGCUCGUAACAGUUCCGCAUUCGCUCUUGAUCUAACCAAAGACAAAACUGUUUCCUCUAAUGAUGUACCUCCUGGAGCUAAUUUGCCUAGAACCCCUGAAAGUACGCCGAGCGGAAAGAGUUCUUCUUCCAGACUUAAUGCUCAGGGCGGGCACUCAGAAGAGCGCAAGAAUUCUGUGAGAAAAGAAGCAGUACACGACAACCAUUCGGGCCGUCGCCCGGCCAGCACGAUGGCUGGCAAUUUUCACGGACUUCUGGGCGGAGAGUCCUCAAAUAGCUCGGAUUACAAUGACGAUUCGAGGACGCACUCGCACCAGUGUGGUGCGGAGAACGGCGUAGAAUGUCCGAAGUGCGACAUGGUGCUGGGUUCCACGCGUUCGCUGGGAGGCCACAUGACGAUGAUGCACUCCCGUAACUCGUGUAAGACGCUGAAGUGUCCCAAGUGCAACUGGCACUAUAAAUACCAACAGACUCUGGAGGCGCACAUGAAGGAGAAACACCCGGAGACCGGGAACGCAUGCGUCUACUGCAGCACGGGGCAGCCCCACCCGCGGCUCGCCCGCGGCGAGACAUACACCUGCGGGUACAAGCCCUUUCGCUGCGACGUCUGCAACUACUCGACCACGACGAAAGGUAACCUCAGCAUCCACAUGCAGUCAGACAAGCACAUCAACAACGUGCAGGAGAUGCAGAACAAGGGGAAGCCGGACCGCAUGUUCGCCACCCCGAACAACAUGGGCGACCCCCUCGCCCAGUCCAAACCAAAGCCAAAGCCCACGUGGAGAUGCGACGUCUGCGACUACGAGACCAACGUGGCGCGGAACCUGCGUAUCCACAUGACCAGCGAGAAGCACAUGCACAACAUGAUGCUCCUCCACCAGAACGUAAAACAGAUGCAGGACUUCCAGGCGCGGCUGGGAAUGCAGCCGUCGCCUGCGGACAAUGCCCUCUAUGGCUACUACCUGGCCCAGGCGCAGGCCCAGGCCCAAGUACACAACGCCCCUCUCCCUUCUCAGCUUCAUCCAAACCUCGGGGAAUUCCAGUUCGACGCGAACUUGUUCCUCCAGCAGCAGCAGCAGCAGCUGAUGGGCCAGAGCGUGCCCAGCGUUCCCAUGGAGAACGGUUCGGAGGAUGAUUCGAGUCUCGACGGCCCCCCUCCCGCGGACGAGGAUCCCGCGUGCAACGAGAGCCUGAAGCUUUUCCAGUGCGCCGUGUGCAAUAAGUUCACCUCAGAUAACCUGGACCUUCUGGAGGCCCACAUUAGCAGCGACAGGCCCACACAGGACGAGGAAUGGGUCAUGCAGGUGGGGGACGUGUACCAGUGCCGCCUGUGUAACUACAGUACCCAGCUGAAGGCCAACUUCCAGCUCCACUGUAAGACGGACAAGCACACGCAGAAACUGCAGCUGGUCGCUCACAUCAAGGAGGGCGGCAAGCAGAACGAAUGGAGGCUGAAGUACCUGAACGUGGGGAACCCCAUCCAGGUCAAGUGCAAUGCCUGCGACUACUAUACCAACGGUGUCGACAAGCUGCGGGCUCAUGUGUCCAAUCACAGGCACGAGACCAGCCUGAAGCUGUUCAAGCACCUGCAGAACGCUGACAUCACCGUGAACUCCGACUCCAAGUUCUACCACUGCAGCAUGUGCAACUACUCCAGCAAGGCGAAGCUGAACCUGAUCCAGCAUGUGCGCUCCAUGAAGCACCUGCGUAAUGAGAACCUGCGGAAGCUGCAGAAGGAGGAGAAGGGGGAGGGGGGCGGCGGGGACGACCUUGCCGACGUGUUCUCCAUACGGGACGGGGCAGACACAGAGUCAGCUAAGGAGGGAAAAGAAGGGGACCAUCCAGAAGCAAAAGACGAGCAGCGCCCCCACAAGGAUGGUGACGGUACUGCACCUGCAGACAAGACCCACACCUCUGCUGAAGGUGACCUGCUGAAGGCGUCGACCCCGGAUGUACAGGGAACAGCGUUCACCCUUCCGUCCCCGACACCCGGCCACGGACAACAGCUACUGUACCCGUGUCCCUACUGUAACUACACCACGGCUGACCAGGCACACAUGAAGAUGCACAUCAUCUCUCAACACAGCGUCCAGCCUCUUGUGCGCUGCCCUCUCUGCCAGGACGCCUGUAACGACAAGUACCACCUGGAGCUGCACCUGACGCGGCUGCACAACGUCACGCCCGACUGUCUGCAGCGCCUGCUCAUGAGCGUGAGCGAGGCAGACCUCAUCAUCCCCAUGCCGUCGUACCCGGCCACCAGCUCCGCCGACGCCCCACCCCCCACCAACGGGCGCCAGGCCAUGGACCGGGCGGUCAUGUCCGCUCUCGAGGAGGCCAAUCGCGGGGAGGUGAAGUCGUCGGGGAAGGAUGACGAACGUGACAAAGCGGGCGACGAGGGGAAGGACUCGGAAGACAGCAACGACGCCGACCUCCUCCAGUGCCACAAGUGUCAGCAGGUCUUCACCAACUUCGAGAACCUCUGCCAGCACCAGAAGGAGACUGGCCACGCGCCCGAGACGUCCGAGGACGGCCAGAGCUUCCUCUGCUGGAAGAAGGGGUGCAACCAGUACUUCAAGUCCUCGGCCGCAGUCCAGUCCCACUUCCGAGAGAUCCACGCCAAGAGGCAGCAGGUGCCGGUGUCGGACCGCCACGUCUACAAGUACCGCUGCAACCAGUGCUCCCUGGCCUUCAAGACCAUGGAGAAGCUGCAGACCCACUCCCAGUAUCACAUGAUCCGGGCGGCCACCAAGUGCUCGGUCUGCGACCGCAGCUUCCGCACCAUCUCCUCCCUCCACAAGCACAUGGAGACCACCCACUUCGACUCCACCGAGGCCGCCAAGCAGAUCGGGGCCCGCGCCAAUGGAGACAUGUCCUACUGGAACAUGUUCGGAGACGCCCUCUUGCCCCUCGGAGGGGACGCCCAAGGAGCCUUCCACCUCUCCUCGGAGACGGCCACUUCUCCGAGCUCCUUGCUGACAAAACAAGACGAGGAGUCUCAAGAUUCAGAGCUGGGGGAUAAGAAGGGGAGGGCGGAAGUCGACUUCGGCCUCCUCUCGAAGGACGAUGAGAGCACGUGCAAGAGCACAAUGUCCGAAGACGACGCGGUCGCCCUGGAUCCCAGCAAACCUCUCACUUGUGACCACUGCCACGUGACCUGCACUUCUCAGGGCGAGCUGGCCGCACACUACAAGUCUGCCGAACACAGGAAGAGUGGUGGGCCCAUGUACCCCAUGGAUAAGUACCUGGACCCAAACCGCCCCUACAAGUGUGAUGUGUGCAAGGAGUCGUUCACCCAGAAGAACAUCCUCCUGGUGCACUACAACUCGGUGUCUCACCUGCACAAGCUGAAGCGCACCAUGCAGGAGACAGGGGGCGCCGAUCAGAACAACGGAGACAAGAAACCCUUCAAGUGCAACAUCUGCAAUGUUGCGUACAGCCAAGGCUCCACCCUGGACAUCCACAUGCGCUCCGUCCUGCACCAGACCCGGGCAGCCCGCCUGGAGGCCAUGGCCAGCUCCGGGAAGGGUGGGGGGACCACCCCCACGCAGGGCUCCCCCCAGCCCCCCAGCUCGGAGCCGACCACCGCCGAACAGAAGCUGGCCGACAAGCUGAAGGAGAAACAAGAACAGCAGCAGCAACAGCAGCAGGCACAGCGCAUUGCUGACAUCCUGCAGCAACAACAACAGCAGGCGCUGGCGGAACAGGUGGCAGCCCAGGCGCAGCUGCAUCAGGUGCACAGCCUCUUCGGCAACUAUCCCAUGAUGCCGCUCAACAUGCCCUCCGUUUACACCUGCCAGAGGUGCAAUUCCAUGUUCGUCUCACAGGAGGCGCUAGUGCAGCACCAGCAGAUGUACUGCUACCUGCCGGAGGUCAGCGCGGCGGCCUCGGCCAGCGCCGCAUCCUCCUCCGCUGCCAUGGCAACGCCCCAGCCCCCCUUCUCCUCCAGCGGCCGGGUCCUGAACAGCCAGCGGCAGAUCCUGAGUGACCUUGGGCUGGAGAUGGUCAUGGCCUUCAACGAGAACCGGCGCGGCAUGCAGAACGUGCUCAACAAGGAGACGGAGGCCGACAAGAAGGUGGACCGCUUCUCCUGCCAGACAUGCAAGAAGAAGUUCUCCUCCAUAUUUAUUCUCAAGACGCACGAGGAGCAGAUCCACAAGCUGCAGCUGCCACUGGCUCAGGUGGAGAAGCUUGCCAAGGACUACCGCGACGAGUACAACAAGAAGCACCAGCAGGAGAAACCGGAGGAGCCGCCCGCGCAGCCGCCACACACACCGGUACCCGCACCACCGCCUCCGCCCGUAACACCGCUCGUACCGACGCUGAGCACUGACCAGCCUCUGCUCCCCCUGGAGCCUAUACCCUCACAGGUGAUGGAGGCGCCGCCCCAGCUGUAUCAGUGCGAUAAGUGCAGCCUGAUGUUCCCCUCGCUCGACAUGUGGCGAGAGCACCAGAAAAUACACUUCCAGGGCAAGCGUCCUCGCACCCGCAUCACGGAUGAGCAGCUGAAGAUCCUGCGCGCUCACUUCGACAUCAACAACUCCCCGAGCGAGGACCAGAUCCUGGAGAUGUCGGAGAAGUCCGGCCUUCCCACCAAGGUCAUCAAGCACUGGUUCCGCAACACCCUGUUCAAGGAGCGCCAGCGCAACAAGGACUCGCCCUACAACUUCAACAAUCCCCCGUCCACGCCGCUCCCCGAGGACGCCAAAAACCUGACCGCCAUGAAGUCUCCAGCGCCGUCGUCUGCUGAGAAGGUGGCACCGAUGACGACGCCUGUCGUGAAUCCGCCCGUCACCGCGGCAACCGCGACCCAGGCGCAGAUACAGGAGGAGCAGCGUAAGGCAGAAGCGGAGCGCACGGCCCGACGAGCAGGGAGAACCCGAUUCACCGACUACCAGAUCAAAGUCCUGCAGGAGUUCUUCGAACAGAACGCCUACCCUAAAGAUGACGACUUGGAGCAUCUCUCCAAGAUCCUCAACCUCAGCCCGCGUGUCAUUGUGGUCUGGUUCCAGAAUGCCCGCCAGAAGGCUCGAAAGAGCUUCGAGAAUCAGCCGACCAGCCCUCGCACCACUGACAGUGUGGACGAGAGUCGCUAUCAGCGCACGCCCGGCCUGAACUACCAGUGCAAGAAGUGCCAGUCCGUCUUUCCUCGCUUCUUCGACCUGAUGAAACACCAGAAGCAGGAGUGUUAUGCUGCAGAGAGCAGCGGCGCGGAGAGCACCAGCAGCAACGACAGUAAGACACCCACAGACCUGAAGGAAAGGCUGGAGGGGAAAGAGGCAAAAUCCGACAAAAAGGAAAUCAAGUUCCCGGCUGCCAUGCCACCGCCGCCGCCCCCCUCCCAACACCUCAUGCACUACCAGUGCGACAAGUGCAACCUGGCUUUCCCAACCUUCGACCUGUGGAGGGAGCACCAGAAGGUUCACUUCCUGUCUCCGUACGCUCCCUUCUUCCCCUCGCCGCUCAUGGACAGCCCCUACAUGAUGUACAUGCCCUACGCACUCGACCAGCUCGCGGCUCAUCAGAUGAUGGCAGCCGCUGGGGCGAGCCCGCUCUUACCCCAGUCUCUCGGGGAAACGUCCUCCUCGAAGCGUAAACACUCGGAGAUGGAGGACGGGAAAGGUUUGUCCCAGGACGGGCAGCUGUCUCUGAGCUCUCCCGACCAGGAUUCUCCGCGCGAGGGCAACAAGCGUCUCCGCACGACGAUCACGCCCGAGCAGCUGGAGAUCCUGUACCAGAAGUACCAGAUCGACUGCAACCCAACCAGGAAGAUGCUGGACCUGAUCGCGAGGGAGGUCGGGCUGAAGAAGCGAGUGGUGCAGGUCUGGUUCCAGAAUACACGGGCACGCGAGCGCAAGGGGCAGUUUCGGGUCACGGGACCCUCCCUGACACACAAGCGUUGUCCCUUCUGUCGCGCCAUGUUCAAAGCGAAGACGGCGCUCGACGCCCACAUCAAAUCCCGCCACUGGGUCGAGCUCAUCAGCAGUAACAAGUCUGUCGAGGCAAUCAUCCAGAGCUCCGAGACAGUCACAGACGCAGAGCUUGCAAAAGCGGCCUCAAUGUCUCACCACCCAGACGACUCCCACUCCGACCACCAUCAUCACAGCAAGAAGCCAGAGAACCAGUCCAGCCCUCGGGACAACAGCUUCCCUUCGGCUGAGAAGAUGCUGGCUCGGUUCGCAGCCAUCAAAAAGGAGAAAGACGACGACAAAAAUGACCAGCCGUCCACCUCCGCUCAACAGCAGAACGGAGAAAACUCCCUGAUGAGCAAUCAUGCUCAGUCCGAAGACAUGGAGUCGCAAUCGCUGAAUAAGGUUAAAGUAGAGCUGCCAGGCCUUCUCAACGAGUCCACAGCCUCCUGCAGUAGCAUGGGGGACGACACAAUGGGCUCUAAUAAGGAGCUGAUCUCCCCCUCGAUAGAAGGCAUGUCCCAACAUGACGUGGCAGAGAGCAUCAACUCAGACGAAGACGGUUCUCACAACUUCAGCUACACUUUAGAGGAAGACAUACACUCGGAUGCUGGGAGUGUUGGGAGGAGUGAGGAGUCGUCCACCUGCGAUCCCCAGUCUCCUAGCAACAAGCACCUGCCGGGCAAGCGCUACCGCACGCAGAUGUCCAACCUGCAGCUGAAAAUGCUGAAGUCCGCCUUCACCGAGUACAAGACCCCGACCAUGCAAGAGUGCGAAAUCCUGGGCAACGAAAUCGGACUGCCGAAGCGUGUGGUCCAGGUCUGGUUCCAAAAUGCACGUGCCAAAGACAAGAAGUCCAAGCUGGCACUUGGGAAACACUAUCCCCCCGGACAGUUCGACAAACCCAAGGAAGAGUGCACGCUCUGCGGGGUGAAAUACUCCGCCAAGCUGUCUGUCCGCGACCACAUCUUCACCCAGCAGCACAUCGGAAAGCUGAAGAGCUACUACUCCGAGCAGUUGGCCAAGGAGAAGGAGUACGUAGACCCCACGGCGAUGCAGCGCAUGUUCCAGCAGCAGGGCCUUGAGCGCCUGCGCCAGGCGAAUGAAGCACUAGCCGUGCACCAGCAGGCCGCGAUGAUGGGCGCCUCACCCAUGAUGCAGAUGCCGGGAUCUGCGUUUCACACCCUCCACCCGCUCAGCCCCAUGGCCUUCAUGGGGCUGGGGCAGCAGACAGGCACCAGCGAGAGCACCUCGCCCAAACUCAGCAGCCCGAGCACCGAAAACCAAAGCAAAGAGAAGGAGGUGAAGGUGAAAGAGGAGAAAGUGGAGACAUCCGAAUCUAGCAUGCCCCUCCCGGGCUUCGGACAGAGCCCCAUCAGUGCUCACGACUCUCUGUCGGCAGGCAGUUCCGCCUUCUUGCCGUACUACAUGGGCACGCUGCCUCCGUACUACCUGCAGCAGCUGGCCAGCAUGCAGGGGGCCUACCUGCACCAGAUGUACGGGGCCGGGGCCGCCGGGGCCCAGAGUUUCUUCCCUUACGACAUCCCCGUGUCCCUUCAGGGUACCGCUCUCGGGGACAUCACUUCUCCCAUGCUCCAACAGUACUCUGCCCAGGCCCUGCAAGAACUCAUGUCGCCACACGCUCCCAAGGACCUCUCCUGUAAGACGUCUUCGGCCGAGAAGGAAGAUAAGAAACAGGAGGGUCAUAAAGCGGGGUCCGUGUCUGCCCUGCCCGGCCACCCGUGCGUAACCAAGUGCCAUCGUUGCAAAUUCAUCUGUAAGAAAUGUCAGAUGGUGUUCCCCGACGAGGAAUCCGCCAUCGGUCACCAGCAGACCUUCUGUUACUUCGGCCGCACGUUCGAUAGCGAGGAAACCCUGGUACGCGUCUACGAGGACGAGUACCGUUGCGCGGCGUGCUCCGAGCGCUUCACUGGGGAGGAGCAGCUUGACGGCCACCUGCGUUCGCCCGCCCACAAGACCAACGCAGCCAAAUACACUCCACCAGAAAAGCAGAGCGAAAAAGACGGAAGAGAACGUAGCAUCGACAAUGGUACAGCAAAGUCUAGAGAGGCAAAAGGCGCCGCCCCCGUAGCGGCGGCCGCCGGACAUGCAAACACUUCUAAUACUACUUCUACUAGCACACCAAAGCCAAGUACUUCUACUUUACCCCACUCCGCGGCGAGUCAGGAAGCAGCAGAGAAGAGCAGCGAAGCAACAGACAGUAGGAAAACAGACGGUCCGUCCAUAGGACCGUUGCUAGGCGAUAACGAAAAUGGACCGCCGGAGGAGAAGAGACCCCGAGUGGAAGGGAGCUGAGGAUAACAGCAGCCCUAGGAAAAAAGCAAAAGCCAAAUAUUUGAAGCUUUAAAAUUGGUGAGGAUGUCCGUGUUGUUGUUGUUGUUGUGCUAAGCACACACUGUGACUUUAUUCUGGCUCACGAGAGGAAGCUGACGUUCUGUGUAGUUGUGGUCUAUAUGUGUUUCUAUAGUGACUUCUUGUCGAGAGAAUUGUGUCCAAUGACACGUAAUGACAAGGUCUGGUAUAGUAGUGCGUUUCUAUCUGCAGUUAACAUGCAGAUGUCUUGUUCUUGAAAUCGUAGAUCUGAUUUACAAAAUCAUAACUAUAGAGGAUAUAGAUUUAGAUGUAAUAUGACAAGAACAGCUAAGCUGAAAUACCAAUUAAGUCAUCAAUUAUGUCCCUUUUAGUUCCCUAAUCUUUAGAGGAAUAAAAUCUCAUCUUGGCUUUGUUUCAGAAGUGCUCUAUUUUGAUAUGUAACAAGAUCAGUCUGGCAGACAAAAAUUCCAACAACCAAAUGUCGCAAAAAAAGAUAAGAAGAAGAAAGAGCGAGUGUUGUGAAUAUUUGUUAUUUUUUGGUGAGAUGUCAGAUUGCAAAGCAACCACACAUGCACAAGGUAGCCAAACCUACAAGUUGGGGAGGAAUCGUCGUGUCUAUCGGACGAGGCAAGCCUUUAUGAAAGGCCUGCUACAAACGCGUGCUAUCACUCCAUAUUUAUUCAUCAUGGGGGAAGAAGCCUCUAUCAAAAUAGAGCUACGUCCCCAAGUAGAUUGCUCAAAAAGAGGGACAGUUCGAAAGCUGUGAACUUUGUCUAUUUUUCUGUGAAGCAUUUCGUCGUCUUGUGGUGCACCGUGUCAAAAUACUUGCAUGUACCGUGGCAUUUUAGUACCGUGAAUGAUGGAAAUUGUAAUGAGGGACCUCGCUUGUUUUUCUUACAAAACGAGGGUCGUUUUUGACAGUGCAUCCCGCUAACCAAAGAACUGCAGUAGACUGCAGUAAUUAUCUCUAAAGCUGUGUAAUGGAAGGACGUUUCGCCGAGCUGUUGGUGCGUACGUGUGUUAUUCCUGUGCAUAGUCGGAUGAAAUCUGCUGAUCUUGAGGUGCAGUGUAAAGGUCCGAUCUUGUGUCCGCGAGAGUUUGGACCACGACAUAUUGUCUCCCCACCACGUAUACCUCACGUGAAGCCUGAAGAAAUGGGAAUUCAUUAACAGUUAGUCAUGCUAGAUUGUAUUUACUCAUGAGCAGAAUUCUAUAGUCUGUAGGCACCAUAACCACAAACCGACUCACCAUGUAACAGUAGAUUGUGAGUGUAUUUAAAGUCUAAUGUUAUUUUUCCUUACAGUCUUGGAUAUACAUAUUUUUGAUCAUGUGGUCUUCAGAAUUGCCUGUAACUUGAUGACUAAGCGCAUUAAUACAUUACUACUUUUAAAUUAGUUGUUUAGUAGAUGUUCGUUGAUAUUAUCUUAUUAUUAAGAUAUCACAGUAAUUGUUACGAAAGUUAUCAGAUGUUGUUAUGAUUUAGAAUCAUAAAGUUGAUGUAUAUAUUUUAUGAUUUUGCAAUAGAAAAGGUUUGAAUGGGAGAUCUUGAUGUAAACUCCCAAAUUACUCUCUAGUGAGAUUGACGUGUUUGAAGCACAACGGUUUGGUCUGUCUUGGAAGAACGACAUCCAUUGCAUGGAUAUGUGAGAGUUACCUUUUUCUGUUUUAUUCCCUUGAUAGUAUUACGUGUAACAUUAUGAUGUUUUCUUACUGUUUUUGACGUAAAAGUUCAUUUUCUAUUGUUGUCAUCGCUUCUUUGCACUUUUGCACUGCAUUUCAAGAAGCUUUUAGCGUCGUUUUUAGAUUUUUAAUAACAGAUAUUACUGACUUUAUCAAACUUACCAGCACCGCCUGUCUCUCCUUCCGGUUCCCCCAUCACCACUUUCACAUCUUCCCACGGUUUGGCCUUAAAUAAAUAUAAUGUAAAUUUUCCUGGAGAGGAGGCCAAGGCCUGGGAAGGUGUCGACAUGUGGAUUUUAUUGUGGUUGACUGGGGGAUCAUCGCGUGGAAGGCGGGGCGGUCGGCGCUGGGCGACCGUAAAUGAACUUUUCCUGACCUCAGGACACCACAUGCCUGUAAACGGGAGACCCACGGACUCACAAACAACCGACAAAAAUUCAGACUCAAGGGGUUGGAAGUAGAUCGUGUGCAAUGUAUGCAACAAGACACAGCGUCUUGUACUCACUGUAUUAUCAACUGUAAAAAUUCCUAACCCACCCCUUGAAAAAUUAUCGUUGGCCACUUUUAAAUUAUACUUACACAAGAUUGUGUAUUGAAUCUUAUUAAGACUGCACUUUUAUAGCUUCCAAAUGCAUUUGUUUCCAAGCAAUGUCACCGCAAUAUUAGUGUACAGCAAUACUAUAAAGUUACGAGCAGUCUACAGCCCUCUUGAUUGAGUAAAGCUUGACAUGGAUAGACAUAAAGAGGGUGACGAUUGUUUCCGAAGUCCGUGGGCCUUUCGUCGUAGCAGCUCUGAAACCAAAACCAAACCAAAUCCACACCUAUACAGUGCAUUAUCUUCUCCGAGACUCGCAUUCCGAGUCCACCAGUAUUUAUGGGAAUGUUGUGAAUGUAACAUGGAGUAAUACAGAUUGUCCCAAAGGAAGGAACGAAUAAUUAUAGCCUAGAGAAAAUGUGACUCUGAGCUGGGAUAGAGGGUGCCUGGUCUCUCACCGGUGUAGCAUGGUGGUCUCACACCAUCAUGUCAAUCUGUUUUCAAAUUGAUCAUUCAAAUGGCUACAAACUCUAAUUACUGAGAGUAGCUGUCACCAAUGACCAACCAAGGUUGAUUUGAAGCCUGAGAAAACUUUUGUUUACUUUUACAUACACAGAAGGGAUGAUUUUUUGGGAGGGUAAAAAAAAUGUGUUUUGUCGCCAAUAAAUGGUACAAUUGGAAAAUUUGUCCUGAACUUUCACCAUUUGAGUCCCUGACACUGCACUCUGCAAGUUGACCGCUAGGUGGCGCACCUUGCACCUCCUGUCCUGGCUCGCUACCGAAUCCAGCACAAGCUAACAAUCCAAAUCUUCUGCUACUCUGCAGCGACUCUUUGCUGCUGCACUCUUUAUGCACUAACCACUGGUGCCGUUUGAACCUAACUCUUAACGUACAAGUCUCCCAAUAAUCCGUCUUGUACGCCACUCAACGAUAGCUUUAACACUGACUGUUGCUUGCAAUACCUCACAAUCGAUUCUGACUGAACAUUUGUUUGUUGUCCGUAGAUGUUUGUAUACAUAACUUGUACGUGUAGAGGUUGUACGAAAAAAGAGAGAGAGAACCAAGCUUCUCCCUGGCCUUGGAGCUAUCACACUGAUCAAUAGUAUGAUGACAAUGUCAGUAAAAAUAAAAACUACACGUUCUUAACUA